GUUCACAGAUGAGUCAGCUGUGUUGUAUUGACAUUGUGAUAACAACAGAGAAAGAAAUCAUUUUUUUUAAAAGAGAGAGUUGCAAUAAUUUAUCGAGUUUAAUUGUAAUUGUUUUUCGUGCUACGCAUUCAAUCGCGCUCUCAAAAAAGUAACAGUAGACAGAACUCCAACACAUUUCGAUUCGUUCUGUGUAAUUGGUCAAAAUGUCGAUGUGAGAUUGGAUUUGUAAAAUUGAACGUUGGAUGCUUGCCAGUUUUUCUUUGUGUUUAACGAGUUAUGAAGAAACUGUCUAAGAAGAGAAGAAGACGAUAUUUCAAACAUUGUGUACUCAUCUCGAAUCAUGACACCACCGCAUAAUUAUCAAUCUAAACAGAAUUGCAGUUGCGAUCAGAGCAGUUUGCAUCUUCAUCUUGAAAUCGAGAACUUGAAACAACGAUUACUAGAACGAGAACGUCACAUCGUUAAAAUGGAAACAAAUUUUUUAAAAGAAGCUGAAAAAUUCCCUAAUGGCGAAUACGCCGCUUUAACCGAAGAAUUAUUGACCUGGCAGGAUAAAUAUUCGAGACUUUUCGAAGCUCAUAAACGCGUUCAAAAAGUUAAUCAAGGAUUAGAAGAUAAACUGUUGAAAAUAGUCGAUAAAUGUGAAACGGAGAAAAAUGGAUUGCAGCAAGAUGUUACUUUAUUGACAAAAAAACUUAUGGAGCAACAGUCUACUAUUUCUAAAUUACACGAUGAAAACGAAAGGUACAGAAACGAUUUAAAUAUAGCUAUUCAACUAUUACAAUGUAAACCUUCAAAUUUUGUUCCUCAAAAAUGCGAUAUGUUACCCCCCGAACUUCAAGCGAAAGUACGUUCGUAUAUUGCGUCAAAGCAACGUAAAUAUAUCGAUGGAAAUGGUAACUCGCAAACUAAACCAGAUGUUAAAACGAUAAAAGUACCUAUUCCUACUUUCCCGCCGACAGCCAUGGUUUAUUCGUUGGAUUCAGAUAAAGAUCAGAAUACCAACGAAUGCGCCUCAAAUAAACAAUCCACACCUCCGGUCGGUAUAGUUUCAGCAGCUAUAGUGGCGAAAAUAUUGAAAGAACGGGAAAAAGAACGUCUUACCGCCAAACAUUGCCAAUCUUGUACAUGCUCUUCGAUAUCCUGCGAUACGAAAUCUAGCCAAACCGAAGACGCAAUUUAUGGUCAAUCCAGUGAUAAUUGUAAGAAUAACAAUACUCUAGCGGAUUUCGACGAUAAACCACCUGUACGAGAAUUCGACAAGUUGACGAUGAAAACCGAACCUCAAGAUCUGAUCGAUUUGAACGGCUACAACUCGGACGAUAAUUACCAAUGUUUCAAAACCAUUCGUAAUAAAAAUACCCUCAACCAGGAUACUAAAGAUUUGAUCUCAUUUGACGGCUCCACGUCCGGCGAGGUGUACAAAGGUCCUAGGCAUUGUUCAGUUCGCCUGCAACCUGGUUCCAAUAACAUACUUCUGGAUAACGUAGCUCAGUACUCGACCCCUGUGCUGUACAAAAGAAGACAUGUCAACGGAGACGUGUCCGAACCAUCGGUCCAUGCUGCGAAAUCUAGAACGUCUUCAUUAUCUUCCAAUUACAGCGAACGUAAACUUUCAACUGAGACGGAAAUUUGAAAUUCAACUCGUCGAUGGCUCGUAGUACGAAGCCGUUUGUGACAUUCGAUUUAUUAUAACUUUUAUCUGGUUGCCAAACCACGCGACUAUUUUAAAUACGGCAUUAUUAUUGUUCAUAAUAGUUUUGAUAGCUUUGAAAACAUUCAUAUUAUCUUUGAUUAUUUUGAAAUCUUCGAAUUCGAAAUAAUAUUUAGGCGAGGAAGCUCGCUAUAUUUUCCUUACAUUUAACGAUAUUUUAUAUAGAUUUCAUAUUAUGGGGUUUUUCUCGCAGCUAUUUCAUUGUUUUUUUUUUAUACCAACGUUCCCUAUGGGUUACUUUUUAUUGUUUUUAAGAAAUAUUAAAUUUUUUAUAUGAAAUACCUACCCCCUACCAGGCUACCAUUUUGCCUAAAGUCAAUUUUUUAUUAUCGUAAGAAUGGUUACAACGUUGUAGAAUGAUUUUAAUUUCCCUAAAUGGGACGGUGUAUAAGACUGCGGUUGUGUUUGAACGUUUGUGUAUGGAAUGUGUGUCGGGUUCCGAUAUUGUGUGGAUUUGUUAUGUUCUAAAAUUGCCACAGGUAUUUCUAUUUAACGAAUAGUUCAGUUACCCAUUGUGUAUUAUGUUUAUUAUGCGAUUUUAUUAAUAUUAUUACUAUUAUAAUUAUUAUUUUUAUUAUUAUCGUAUGUUAAUGAAAUUUUUCGCGAUUUUUUUUAUACUUUCGUGUUUGAAAUUGAAAAAAAAAUGAUGGUUCCAUACUAUGUACGUUUUAAUUGUACGUGUAUUUUGUACUAUUUUUGUGUAAGGAAAUAAUAAGCUAAUUAAACGAUUUUGUAUGUGAAA